CGCAUGUGGUGAGAGAGCGCGCGCGCUCGCGCGCCCGGGCGAGCGAGCGAGCGAGAGAGGGCGGCCGUGUAUUCGGCAUUGCCAUUUCUCUGCGCGGCUGAGCGUGUGUGAAGUGCUACUCUGGAUUAUUCUUUCUUUUUUAUUUAUGAUCAACAAAAGCGAGGUGCGCGGUGAUGAAAGAGAGGUAAGCUACCACCUCCAGAAGAACCCGAUCUUCUGAGAACCCAAAAAAAGAUCUCCCGAGGAAACCCAGCCUUCUCCAAGACAACCCAACGGUCUCUUCGUAAAAAAAAAACCCAACCUUCUCCUGAGGAACACAGCCAUAUCCUCCAGAAGAACCCAACCUUCUCGCUAAGGACCCAUCCAUCUCCGCCUGAAGAACCCGACCUUCUCUUGAAGAUCUCAGCCACCUCCUCCUAAAGAAUCAACCUUCCUGAAUUAGGAAUUUUACCUCUAGAACUCGACCCUCCCCUGAAAAACCCAACUUUCUCCUGAAGAGUCCAACCACCCCUUCUGGAAGAACCCAGUCAUUUCCUCCUGAAGAACCCAAAGAGCCCCCAGGACACUGACAGUAACUGAGAGACGCCUUCGGGAACUUAUUUUUGGAAGCGGAGGACAAGACCGUGGGAAAAAUAUGACAGAGGAGAGACAAUAAAAGCCGCAAAACCAUAACGUUUUUGGACCUACUCGGUUUGGAAGCUGAACAAAACAGCUCUAUGAUGCAAGUCUUUAGGGACACUGGGCUGGACUCUCGGCAAGGAGAUGCUGUGAAUAAAUGACACACUUUUUAUUCUCUCUGUGUGCCAUCCUCAGUUCAGUGGGUUCUGCUGGAAUAAACAAUAAUUAGAGCCCGAGUGCUGAUCUCAUAUUCAUGUUCUGAUUUAUUUCUCUGGGAGAGUGUAGGUGGGUGGGAGAGCUGGGAAACGAGCAAAAGGGUCGAAUACCCAAGUGGGACGUAGUGGGCUGUUCUGUCGUUUUGUUUCUCCAAACUUGGUGCUGGACGCCAACUUUGCGCUCUGCGAUCGGAGAUCGGGGAUGUGACCUCGCCAUUCCCGGCGCGUGGCGUGGCGCGCGGGCUUGCGCAUCGGAGGACUCGUCUCCAUCUCCCCAGUGAUGACUCCCUGCCCCCUUCUCCUCUUCCUCCUCCUCCUCCCCCUCUGCAUGGUGGGCUCCGCUUCCACCGAGGAGGAGACCCCUCCUCGGGGCUGUUCUCCCGACUUACAGCGGCCGUUCCGGGUCCUGUGCGACUUGGAGGCGGUGUGGGGCGUAGUGUUGGAAGCGGUGGCAGCAGGCGGGGUGCUGGCGGCGCUGUUGCUGUGUCUGGUCCUGCUGUUCCGGCUUCGGCACAUCACCGAGGCGGAGAAGCGCAGCGGGGUGGCGCCGCUACUCCUACUGCUGGCAGGCCUAGUGGGCCUCUUUGGACUCAGCUUUGCCUUCCUUAUCGAGCACGACGAGCACCUCUGCGUUGUACGCCGCGCCCUCUGGGGACUGCUCUUCGCCCUGUGCUUCUCUUGCCUGCUGGCGCAGGGUGUGCGGCUGCAGCGGCUGGCGCGAGGGAAGCGGAGCCCCGGUGGCAUCAUCCUGGCGGGGCUGGCGCUGGGGCUCACACUGGUGCAGGGUAUCAUUGCGGCUGAGUGGCUGCUGCUGACCGUGGCACGCCAGGGUCAAGCAGCGUGCCAGUACCUGCCGCUGGACUUUGCACUGGCCUGCAGCUAUGUGGUGCUGCUCCUGCUGGCGGCACUGGUGACCUCAGCCUGUGCUUUGUGUGGGGGCGAGCGCCCGUGGCGCGGAUGCGGCCUCUGGCUCUUCCUGGCCUGUCUGGCUUCAGUGAUGCUGUGGGCCGCCUGGCUGGGCUUCUAUCUCUAUGGUAACGCAGCGCUGGGCCACUCGCCCGACUGGGAUGAGCCAGCCCUGGCUGUGGCACUGGUCGUGCAGGGCUGGCUGUUGCUGCUGCUCCACGCCAUCCCCGAAGCCCACUCCUGCCUACGCCCGCCACCUCCACCCUCUGCCCCCGACUACUUUGACGCAACAGAGCCGCCACCCCGACUGAGGGAGACCAGCUUCUACGAUGACCUUCCGCUGCAGUACAUGGAGAACCAGGCGUUCUCCUUUGAUGAGCACAGCUCAGGUAUUCCGUAUGCAGCUCUGAGGUCAGGUGUCCACCGCAACGGGAACCUGGGGAUCCGCAGCGGACCGUUUCGCAGCAACGUCUACCAGCCCACCGAGAUGGCGGUAGUCCUGAACGGUGGCACGGAAGCUCACUGCCGCUGCCCCAGCAUGUACCACUCCCCACCAGGGAUGCUCCAUGACUCACACUGGAGAUACUGCCCCUUUGGAGGAAAUAGAUACCAACUGCACCCCCCAACUACACAGGGAGGCAGCUGUGGUGAGCGUGGGGCUGGAGACCAGGGAGGAAACCAGUCGGAGGGACUUUUUUUGGACGCCAACAAGAACCCCAUGCACUACUUUGUGUUGGACAAAGAAAAAGACUGAAUGAUUCAGCCAAAGGGGGUGGAGGAGGUGGCGACAAGCGUGAGAAGACCCUGCCGACUGGAGCGGGAGGAUUACCAGUUUGGACAAAUUUACCUGCAAAGAUGAUGGGGGAAAAAAAAUCAUUCAAAAACUUAAGCAGGAGUAAAAUAAAUCUCAGCAUUUCGCAAGUUAGGAUUACCUUUGGUUUAGGUGUCUUUUUUCCCCCAAAUUGAAAACGUGAAAAAAUCAGUCCCUUAAAUAAAUCAAUGCCUAGGACUUAUUUUAAACUUGGAAUUUACUGAUCAUUAUGUAAUAUCAAAAUGAAAUUUACAUGACUGGGUCAUUAACUAUGUUUUUGCACUCUUUCCAUCACCAAUCAGAAGGUUUUUGAACGGAAGUGGAAGUGUUUCAAAAUGCACGCCCAGCACAUCCAGGAAUCAAAGUGCCAAAAAAGGCUACGGAUUUCAUGGACUCGUAUUCCCCCGGUGAAGGUGAACACAACCGGGGCAACUCCCUGACCUUAGGAUGUGUGUGACUCUGUAUCAUACUACAUCUGAAUGUUGUCUGGCACUCAACGAUUGGAAUGGUGUCAUCCGGCACUGAAAUGCGUGUACGUGUGUGUUUUUGUGUGUUUUAGGUAUAAUGGGCUCUAUGAUAACAGUACCCAUCCUGUUUCCUCCAUCUUUCUCCAGGACGUUGACACCUGAACUAUGGCGCUUGAUUAUUUUUAAAGCCCGUCCUUCCUGUUAAAGCUUUCCCUGGGAUGACCUCAGGUCACGGAAAGAGGUGGUUCGGUGCACCUCCCAUUCCUGCGCUUCGCCCAUGAGUGCAAUGGGGAGCUGUCCUGAUUCAAUAGGGACGGAAAUCAUAACUCAGCUGGACAGCUGAAGAGUGGAGGUGCCCGUAAUGAGGAAAGAGACAUUUUCAUUUAUUUUGACAGUUGCUGCCAGCGGCCCCCCUCGGAGGAAUCAAGGCCAUAUUCAUACAUGCAAUGCGUUGAAAGGACUUUAUUUUUCUGCCACCAUGAAUGCAUAUAAACCAGCAGCACAUUGAGUAUCAUGUCAAGUGUAUUGUUCCGGCACAUUCUCUGUGUUCGGGGCAGUACUGUACUUUGGCGAGUCAGUCCACUUGGGUCACAACUUGGAGUCUGGAAGCAUCGUCAAUGGAUAUAGGAUGUAAAAGAUACGUCACUUCUGGUUGUGAAAUGAAUCUAUGAUCCGGGAUCGAGCUACAAUGUUGGACCCACGACAAGGCGGACGAGUCAGAUGUCCCUGUCCUCUUUUCCUCACACUGUCACUGGAUCUUUAGCUUGUGAGCUUUUUUGUUUCUGUUUUGUUUAAUUCAUUUGAAAAUAUGAGGUAAAAGCAUUUGAAAAUAUGAGUGGUGGUUUAGCAAUACUGAAAUAAAACAUGGAGAAAGAUAUACAAGACUGUAACGCAGCAAAGAUGCUACUUUAAAUUUCACUGAUGUCCAUCAUAAAGGUUUGUCUUUUGAUUUAUCGUGUCAUCAAUGCAUGACCCUUAGCGCAGAUCAGUGCCAAGAUGGAGAUACCUAGAACUCACAGAAUAACCCAAAAGACAAAUCAGUACUUCCAUUAAUAAUAGAAAUUUGCAGCGAAAGAUUGAUUUAUGUGAUCCAGUUAUUAAAUCAUUUUCGGACAUCCAUUUUUAGCAUGUCGCUCGCUGCCAGCUGACUUGAGCUUCUAACGUAUGCAAGAUAAAAAUGGACAAAUUAUGACUGGCGCUUUUUUGAAUGAUGCAGUUGUGAUUAUAUUUAGAUGACUAUAUUUCUAAAAUGUGUAAUACUGUUUUCCUAUUUACUAUUUUCUUACCUUGCCAACAUAAUUGUGUCCUAGUUCUCCCACCGUCCUUGAUUGCGUUGCGUUUAUAAGACAAGUACACAUCAGGGUUGUGUUUUGCACUUUAUGGGAUGAUGGGAAACUGUCUGUACUCAGAUAUUAAAGGCAGGGACAGAGUGAAAAACUCCCCACACACACCUCUGUCUUGGGUAAUCCAAAUCUUAUGCAUUUGACUGACAGUAACCCUAUAUGACAAAGAAAAUUCUAUAGCUUUAAUCACAUAUGCAGAAGCUCAGCGAUCUCAGUGAUCACACCAUUGCCUCCAUAUGUCCCCCACGCUUGAAUGAUUUUUCAAUCACCAUUCAAAGAAAAUGAAAUGUAUGUUUGCAUUGGUUCAAAGUAGUAUUUUUUGAGCAUAAGGUGACAUUUGAGGGUUUAUUAAAUAGCUGACGAGAUUUUUGAAGCAGCUUUUUAAGUAGGCGUGGUUUCAGUGGGCGGGACCCAUCUUUGCAGCCAAUCAUGUGCCAAGGGGGUGUGGUUACCGACCAUAAUACUGAGCCAACGUAGGCAAGCUGUGUGUUCUGGCGGAAUUUGUUCAGCUCCGUCAAAAAGGCUAAAUUUGCACAGUUUAUUUUUUUCUGCAUAAGCACAUCAUCCCUACAUUACCUGGAUCCUCUAAUGCAACAGACCAUUUCUGUACGCUGAAGAUUUAUGUUCCCUGCUAACCUUCCAUCCGGUCCACACCACAGGUGGUUUGCAGAGGUGGUGUUUCUCCAACCUUUUAACCGCAGUGACAUGUGAUACUCACUUUUUCAGCGUAUUUCCCCAAGCAGGAAACUAAGUGUUCAAUCCUUGUAAAAAUUUCUUAG